GGCAGAUCGGUCCCGCAUGCAUUGUGUGUAAACCAGAAAAGGGCAUCGCUCCGUUGCUCUCGCUGAGAACCACCGGUGGCGCUGACCAUGGUUGGAAAGCCGGGCGAUUAAGGGUGGAAGAUGUCAUUUUUACCACCUCAACAGCUGGGAUGUGGACCGAGCAGAGACGCCGCUCCUAACGGUUAGCUGUAGUUAUCGAGAUGUUAACCGAGCAAUCUUAUAUUGGAAUGAGGAUCUCAUAAAAUGCAUCCAAUCAAGCAGCUUUUGGCGAGAAGUUGGGAUCAGUUCCACGCUGGGAUACGAUGACAGUUUCAGAAGACGAAGCAUAAAUCACGUUUGGAAAUAUCGGUGGAGUGCAAAAAAAAAAAACGUGUAGUCUUGCGACUCAAUAAAUUCCGCACGGGGCUUGUCACCGCGCUAGACGCUAGCUGGCAAGCUAAGCUAGCUGCAUGACUAUUUCCUCCGCGCAUCGCGUAUCCCCGGGCGCACAGACAUCGAAAUAACUGGACCUGGGCAUCGAUUCAUAUGGCGGAGUUCGGAGAGGAGAACGGCGGAGUGUCCUCACCGAUCACCGGAAAGAAACCGGCCGUUCCCGAAGAUGUGGCGGGGGGCGAGAGACGGCGUGAAAACUGGGUCUCGAACGGGGAUUGUGGGGUAACAGACAGCGCUGGUCCCGCAUCCCCCAACCCCGACAGUCCUGGAGUGCACACAGCCAGCGCCGCCGCUAUCGGGCAGGAUGCGCAGGCAGGAAUACCUCGGAAAACUAGUAUUAUCAAGGACGGAUCGAGGCAGCGCAGGGAGAGGAAGAAGACGGUCUCCUUCAGCAGCAUGCCGGCGGAGAAGAAGAUCAGCAGCGCCAGCGACUGCAUCAACGCCAUGAUGGAGGGCUCGGAGCUGAAGAAGGUGCGCUCCAGCUCCCGUGUCUACCACCGCUACUUCCUGCUGGACGCGGACAUGCAGGCGCUGCGCUGGGAGCCGUCCAAGAAGGAGUCGGAGAAGGCCAAGAUCGAGGUCUGGUCCAUCAAGGAGGUGCGGACCGGCAAGAACACCGACAUCUUCCGCACCAACGGGAUUUACGACCAGAUUUCCGAGGACUGCGCCUUCUCCAUUAUCUACGGGGAGAACUACGAGACGCUGGACCUGGUGGCGAACUCGGCAGACGUGGCGAAUGUGUGGGUGACAGGGUUGCGGUACAUGGUGUCGUACGGGAAGCACACGCUGGACAUGAUGCAGAGCCGGCAGGACAGCCUGCGCUCUGCCUGGCUGGUGGACCUGUUCGCCGCCACCGCCACGGGUAACGGUAGCGAGGGGGAGCGUCUGAGCCUGGCGGCGGCCGUGGAGCUGAUCCGCAGCGUGAACCCCGGCGUGAAGGCCGCCAAGGCCGAGCUCAAGUUCAAGGAGUUCCAAAAAGCCAAAGACAAAACAGGGACGCAGGGCGAUGUCACCCAAGAGGAGUUUGCCGAGGUCUUCCACGACCUCUGCACCCGGCCCGAGAUCUACUUCCUGCUGGUCCAGUUCUCCAGCAACAAGGAGUUCUUGAACACCAAGGACCUGAUGCGGUUCCUGGAGGCGGAACAGGGCGUGGCCCAGGUGAGCGAGGACACCAGCCUGGAGGUCAUCCUCAACUAUGAGCCCUCCAAGGAGGGCCGGCUCAAGGGCUGGCUGUCCCUGGACGGCUUCACCCGCUACCUCAUGUCCCCCGAGUGCCACAUCUUCGACCCAGAGCAAAAGAACGUGUGUCAGGACAUGAGCCAGCCCCUGUCCCACUACUACAUCAACGCCUCCCACAACACCUACCUGAUAGAGGACCAGUUUCGGGGCCCCUCUGACAUCACGGGGUACAUCCGGGCGCUGAAGAUGGGCUGCCGCAGCGUGGAGCUGGACGUGUGGGAUGGACCCGACAACGAGCCGGUCAUCUACACGGGCCACACCAUGACCUCACAGAUCGUCUUCCGCAGCGUCAUCGACGUCAUCAACCGUUACGCCUUCGUGGCGUCCGAGUUCCCACUCAUCCUCUGCCUGGAGAACCACUGCUCACUGCGGCAGCAGAGGGUCAUGUUCCAGCACCUGCGCAAGAUUCUGGGGGAGCAGCUGCACACGGAGCCCCCCAGGACAGAGGACUCCUACCUGCCCUCCCCCGCCGACCUCAAGGGCAAGAUCCUGCUGAAGGCCAAGAAGCUAGGCGCGGACUGCGUGGGCGGGGAGGGGGACGUGACCGACGAAGACGAGGGGGCGGAGAUGUCCCAGCGGGUGAACGGCAACAGUAGCGAGCCGCAGAAUGCCACACCCGCCAGGCGCUUCCAGCUCUCCAAGGAGCUCUCCGACCUGGUGUCGCUCUGCAAGUCCGUGGCCUUCAAGGACUUCCCGGCCGCCUUCCAGAGCCAGAAGUUCUGGGAGUUUUGCUCCUUCAACGAGGUGCUGGCCAGCCGCUACACCAGUGAGCGGCCCGGCGACUUUGUCAACUACAACAAGCGUUUCCUGGCCAGGGUGUUCCCCAGCCCCAUGCGGAUCGACUCCAGCAACAUGAACCCGCAGGACUUCUGGAAGUGUGGCUGCCAGAUCGUCGCCAUGAACUACCAGACGCCAGGCCUGAUGAUGGACCUGAACAUCGGCUGGUUCCGGCAGAACGGGAACUGCGGCUAUGUGCUGCGGCCGGCCAUCAUGAGGGAGGAGGUGUCCUACUUCAGCGCCAACACCAAAGACUCGGUGCCGGGCGUGUCCCCGCAGCUGCUCCACAUCAAGAUCAUCAGCGGCCUCAACUUCCCCAAGCCCAAGGGCUCGGGCGCCAAGGGCGACGUGGUGGACCCCUACGUGUACGUGGAAAUCCACGGCAUCCCGGCCGACUGCGGCGAGCGCCGCACCAGGACCGUCCACCAGAACGGGGACAACCCGGUGUUCGACGAGAGCUUCGAGUUCCAGAUCAACCUGCCGGAGCUGGCCAUGGUGCGCUUUGUGGUGCUGGACGACGACUUCAUCGGGGACGAGUUCAUUGGCCAGUACACCAUCCCGUUCGAGUGCCUGCAGCCGGGCUUCCGGCACAUGCCGCUGCAGUCGCUGACCGGGGACGUGCUUCCGCACGCCUGGCUCUUCGUCCACGUCGCCAUCACCAACCGCCGCGGCGGGGGCAAGCCGCACAAGCGCGGGCUGUCAGUGCGCAAGGCGCGGCGCGGGCGCGAGUAUGCCAGCAUGCGUGUGCUGCUGCUCAAGGCCGUGGACGAGGUGUUUAAAACCGCCACCCAGCCGCUCAGAGAGGCCACCGACCUCCGAGAGAACAUGCAGAACGCCAUCGUCCCGUUUAAGGAGCUGUGUGGGCUUCCUGCCGUAGCCAACCUCAUGCAGUGCAUCCUGACCCUGUCGUCCCGGCUCCGCGGGCCAGACGGCGCCCCCCUGCUGCUGUUCGACCUGGCCGAGCCGUACCCCACCAUGGAGCCCCAGGGGGUCCUGCCGGAGGUCCUGAGGAAGGUCGUUGCCUCUUAUGACGCGGUCAUCCAGACCAGCAGAACCCUGAUGGAGAACGCCGACGCUGUCUACGAGAGGAUACUGCACACACAGCGCGCAGCGAUGGAGUUCCAUGAAAACCUGCACAACCUGGCUGUGAAGGAAGGGCUAAAAGGUCGCAAGGUCACGAGAGCCGUGGAGAGCUUCACCUGGAACAUCACCAUCCUGAAGGGCCAGGCGGACCUGCUGAAGCAUGCUAAGAAUGAGGUGAUGGAGAACCUGAAGCAGAUACAACUAGCAGCUCUCACCAGCAACCUGUGCAAGGGCGGGGCAGGGGGCGUGGCCAGCGAGAGGACCAAGCCACGCCGAAGCCUGGAGGCCAUUCCCGAGGGGGAGGGGGCAGAACAAGGACUGAGGGGCGGGGAGAACUGAGCCUGAUCCCACAAUCACACGAUCACACACACACACACA